GAGCGCAGCGCACCAGACUGGGAGCGCAGGGAAACUUGUAGAGUAAUAUUAUAAUUUUUCUGAUUUCUUUCUUUUUUUAAAUUGGCUGACGGGAAAUAUAGCUACAAUUUUAAUAAAUCUCAUCCUUCAUUUUCUUUUUCUUUUUUGCAAGAGCAUGACGAAUGCUGUUCAUAUGACUGAUUUGACUUGAGGCUACAGGAGAGAAAGCGAAAUGGAGACAUUUACAAUACACGACAUGCUCAUGAAUUCAACUGACCUGAACAAGAUUUUAUGUAAUUUUGGGAUCAAGAACAUUUCGGAUUGCGAGAGCGAGCAGGAACCUUCACCCGAACCUCAAGACAUCAACCAGACGGUGCGGAUUGUCCUCUACAGCCUCAUCUUCCUCCUCAGCGUCCUGGGCAACAGCCUCAUCAUCGCAGUCCUGGUGAGGAACAGGCGCAUGCGGACCGUCACCAACCUGUUUCUGCUGUCUCUGGCCAUUAGCGACCUAAUGGUUUCUCUGGUCUGCAUCCCCUUCACCCUCAUCCCCAACCUCAUGAGGGACUUUGUCUUCGGCACUGGCAUGUGCAAGCUGGUCAUGUACUUCAUGGGUGUCUCAGUGUGUGUUUCCACGUUCAACUUGGUGGCCAUCUCCCUGGAGCGCUACAGCGCCAUUUGCAACCCACUGACCUCUAGGGCGUGGCAAACCAAAUCCCACGCCGCCAAGGUCAUCACUGCCACCUGGGUGGCGUCCUUCAUCCUGAUGCUGCCGUACCCCAUCUCUAGCACCCUCAAGCCCUUCACCCGCAUCAACAACAGCACCGGGCACAUGUGCCGCCUGGUGUGGCCCAACGACGUCAUCCAGCAGUCCUGGUAUGUGUCCCUGCUGCUGCUGCUCUUCCUAAUCCCCGGGAUCGUCAUGAUGACAGCCUAUGGACUCAUUUGCCUGGAGCUCUUCCGCGGCAUCACGUUUGAGAUGUCCAGCAGGAAAUCUAGCAGAGAAAGACAAUCCAGCACUGGAAGCAUCAAGCCCGGUGACAGUGAUGGCUGUUACCUGCAGCCAUCUAAAAAGAAGAGCAUCACAGGGAGUACAGGCACCUCCAGUAACAAGCCCAUGGUGGGCCGUGUGUCCAGCAGCAGCUCUACAGCCAACCUGAUGGCCAAGAAGCGUGUGAUCCGCAUGCUCCUGGUCAUCGUCUUCCUCUUUUUCCUGUGCUGGACUCCCGUCUUUGUGGUCAACGCGUGGCAGGCUUUCGACCGGCGCUCGGCCUACCGCCUGACCGGGGCGCCCAUCUCCUUCAUCCACCUGCUGUCCUACACCUCGGCCUGCGUCAACCCCAUCAUUUACUGCUUCAUGAACAAGCGCUUCCGCCAGGGCAUGCUGGCCACGUUCACCUGCUGCAGCUGCUUAAGGAGGAGCGGUGGAGGGAGCGGCGGCUUGGGGAGGUCAGCUGGAAGCGGGGUGGCUAAAGGGGAAGUGGGCAGAUUAAGAACAGGGCCAAAGACCGCCGAGCAGAAUGGUCAUACCCCGCCAAGCGGAGCAAGCACACGCUUCACCUACACCGGCAUCCGCGCAUCAGCCUGGAGGGUUGUACUGUGUACUACAACUGGAGAGGCCUUAUCAUUUACUGGGAAUUUGAACACCUGUAUCCCCUCCUCUUCAAAGCGAAUUCCCGGCAUUACCCACCUGAUUUCCACCGAUUCAUACUGUUAAAUAUAGCAUAUAGUUUAUGUAGCAACUUGUUCCCAUUUUGUUUUACUGUAUCAAUAUGUUGCAAUGUUAAUAUUGUUGUAUUCAUUCUUACUUAAGGGUUUGAUGCAUUAAUGGAGAUAUUUUGGAAGUAUUUUGUUUUUUUUGCAUGAUAAUGUGCCUAAUUUGAUGGAAGGCCUGCACAUAAUUGAAUGUAACCAGGGAUUUUACAGGUUGAUAUACAUCUGAAAUUGGUUCUAGGGACUGCGCUGUGUUCUUUUGGUAACGUACAGACACACAAGCCAUCUCCUAAUAACCAACGUCUGGUUGACCAUAUAAAGACCUUGAGCGCCUGGUGUGCAAAUGCGUCUGCCAAGGCUGGUGGCAGAGUAACUUGGAGCUUUUAACAGCUUUAAUAAAAGUGGAUCCAAAGAACAGAGGACAUUAGGGCCCAGACAAGUGGCGGAAAGAAAAGGUGGAAUC